CCAUACACCGGAGAUGAUAAAUAAAAAAAUGAGUUAGCUUUUCCACGUGCAAUAAUAAAUCGCACAACGGGGUAUUAUCGAUUAUAAAACAAUUAAUUUUUCUUCCACAUGUCUUGGACUUAUCGCCAAUGGAAAUGAAGCCUGAAAUAGUUUGAGCAUAAUGUGAACGUUUGCUCCGAAAAUCAGAACGUAAAAGUGACAAUUACAUUAAUUUAUCCGUUUUGGUUGAUUUAUUUUUUUAUUAAUGUUUAAAAUACUCAGGAAAAGUGAUGAGUUUCUUUUUUACGUGGAGUUAAAUCCGUAGGUUUUGGGGGAGUAAUUGAGUUUAGGUUAGAAUAUCUCUGGGGUAGAAACGUCAAGCAGUUUAGCUCCAAAUCUAUUCAUAUCUCCAUGUAUAUGUGGGGAAUAUUUGACAAAAUCUAGUCCCCACCAGUGGGUUAAUUCAUCACCCAGUUUUCUAAAUAGAAUACUCGUUCCAUUUGGUAAUUGAGAGUGCUUUGAACCUCCUGAACACAAUGGCGUUUUUAGGGGCUCAGCUGGUGAUCACUCUGGUGAUGGUCAGUCUCAUCCAGAAAUUGAGUCCACAUUUCUCUUUUGGGCGGUGGAUUUUAUGUUCCACAGGACUCUCGAGGUUCUUGUAUCCGACAGAUCAAGAGCUGAAAAGUCUCGCUGGAAUUCCAAAGGAAAAGCCCAAAAAGGGAAGGCACAUGGAGAAUGGAAAAACACCUGAGACAUUUCACGUUCCUCGGAAUCUAGAUCUCACUCUUGAGACUGCCCAAGUGUCACAGCUCGAUGUUGUGCACUUGAAGUAUUAUUCUGAGUUUCAGUGGCUGUUGGAUUUUUCGGUGUAUGCUGCUAUUACUUAUGCAUUGACUGAGAUUUAUAAUUAUUUCUAUCCAAUUACCGAUGAGAUUAAUCUCAGUAUGGUGUGGUGCUCGCUAGUCAUUGGAUUUGCAUUCAAGAUGUUACUAACAUUAUGGAUCCAAUACUUCAAGGGGGAUGAAAGUGUGGGUGAGAGGUCCACCUGCAUCGUAACAGGUUUCGUGUAUCUUCUGAUAGCUAUGGUGAUCCUGAUUAUCGAUGAGAAUAAACUGGAAAUUGGUUUGGAUAAGGCGUAUGUCAGUUUCAACCACAGUGCCUCGAUUUUUCUGGGGAGUCAAGGGCUCUCAUCAUCUGGACCAGCGUCCCAAAUAGUUUUAAAAUUUUUUCUCGCUCUUUGGUGUGGAUUAUUAGGAUCUCUCUUCACUUUUCCCGGACUCAGAAUGUCCAAGAUGCACUGGGACACCAUGAGGUAUUACAAAGACAGAAAAUUUUUGAAAUUACUAGUGAAUAUCAGCUUUGCCUCGCCUUUACUUCUCGUUUGUCUGUGGAUUAAACCAAUUAGCAGGGAUUACUUCAGCGGUAGAAUAUUCUCGGGAAUGGAUAAACCACUAAUGACAUCAGAGGCAUUUGACAGUGCAAGAUUUAUUGCAAUUAUUCUCGUUGUUUUACUGAGAUUGUCACUGAUGCCAGUGUACCUUCAGUCAUACCUCAAUUUGGCUGAACAGAGAUUGGAGAAUCAAAAAAGAGAAGCAGGGAGAAUAACUAAUGUUGAGUUGCAGAAAAAGAUAGCUGCAGUCUUCUACUACCUGUGUGUAGUAACCCUCCAGUUUCUGGCUCCCUUAAUGAUGUGUUUAUUCUUCUCCCUGAUGUACAAAACUCUCGGCGGUUACACCUGGAGGGCGAUAUUGACCGGAAGUCCCUCGGACGAGUGUUCAAUAAAUGAUCAAUCACCACAGCCCUCACUAGAGCUUCCAGACACCGAAAAAACAGUCACUCAAACUGUUGAGGAACUGCACUUAGCUCUGAGCUCUCUCCGUAAAAUAUUCACAACCGAGGUUUUUAGAGGGAUUUUCGGCUUGGCCACAUGGUGGUGUUGUUUCACCAUCUUCGCUACAAAUGCCAUGGGAAUGUUCUACCAGAGUUACUUCACUAAUUCGUAACAACUCCAUGGAUUAUCCAACUCAAUCUAAACUUUUAUCAGAACUACGAGAAACUAUGCUCAAUGCGAACGCACAUAAAUGAGUGAUUGAAUUUUUUAAUUGAUAAAUAACUUGUGAACGUGUGCAUGGAAUUUUGCCAAAGAAACUUUUCUCAUCUACAGCUCCACAGAUGGUGUCGUGUUCAUAUCGGCAUGACAAUUCUCAGGCAUAUAAAACUGCAUCAGGAUUAUCAGAUAAGUGGUGAUGACUCCGACGAACUGUAAAUAAAAAAAAUUGACUCAGUCCUUCGAAGUCUUAGAGAGAUAUCGCGAUUCAUGUUAUCAUUUUUUUGGAGGGCUAAUAUACCGAGAAAGCAAAUUCACUCAAAGCUAUUGACAGGAUCAUCUUCGAGAGCGAUAUAAUUUGACUCGAGAAAUAUCGUAAUGAAUGAUUGUAGAUAUUUCUAAUGCCAAGUAAUCACCUGUUAUCAUCUCAUUGAAAUCAUUUUCUGUCGAUUGAGUGGUGUAAAUAAAUAUAAAUAAUUAUGUAAAAAAUA